AUGGACAAGGACGAGAACAACGCAGCAGCAGAAGAAGAAGACGAUGAAGAAGAGACGAAAGAAGAAGAUAAUCCGUCGCCCUCGAGUGCAUCCAGCAGCUCCAAGAAGGCCCGCAAGCGGCCACACUACCUCAGCCACGAAGACCGAUGCCAGAUCAUUGAGAGGAUCGCUGGAGGAGAGCAGCAGGCUGCGCUAGCGCGAGAGUUCGGCGUCACCAGAGCCGCCGUAUGUCACAUCCAGAAGCACAGAUUCGAGAUCCUGUCCCGACCCGUGGCCCAAGAGGCGGGAAUGCAGGACUCAGUCACGACGGGACCAGCGCGAGAGCAGCAGCUCGUCCACGAGGUCCGGACCCCUUCGGUCAUGCUGCUGCUCACGACUCUGCGUGACCGUCGAUCAGACGCUGCUACUUUCCGCCGUGCUGCUGGGAGAGUUAUAAUGAUCUUGAUCGAAGAUGUGCUCGGACAGCUCGACGCCCGCGCAGUGGAAGUCACGACGACUAGCGGGUAUGUCACCACCGGAAUCGAGCAGAGACAUAAGCUCUGUGGGAUCAAGCUAGGCGAUGAGGGAUAUCCCUUCUCUGUGCUCUUCCACCAGGUCGAGGUCGACGCCGCAGAAGGAUACAUCCACGUCAACUCCAUCGUCGACCAGCGAGGUCGUCGCCAAUGGCGCCUGGAUCGAAUGGAUCUACCGGCAAGUAUCGCAUCGUGCAAAGUGUUGUUGUUCACAGCUACGUGCAGCACUGGAGGGCGCGAAUGCAAGGCCAUCGAGGCUCUCUGUGGUGUCGGAGUUCUUGAGAAAAGCAUCACGCUCGUCUCGAUCGUGAGCGCGUCGGACGGAGUUGUAGCAGUCUGCAGUCGCUUCCCACAAGUUCGCGUCGUUACAGCAGCAAUCGACAAGUCGAUUGAUCCCCGCACAGAAGCAAUCAUCCCGGGGCUCGGCGACUUUAUAGCUCGCUACAACGAUGAAGAUCCAGGUGUAUACUGA